UCAGACACUCUAUGUCUAUAUAGACCGCAUUAUGUACUGCCAUACUAUGCACAAAAACUUGCUAGCCAUUUUCAACCAAAAAGAAAAUUUGCUUCAUUGCUUCUAUGUUUUUAAAAAAUAAACCACAUUUGCAUAUUAUCAAGAAAUGAUGAUGAUGAACUCAAACGACAUGUUCAUGCAAUUCGGGUCGAUCAUAGCAACCAUGAUGUUUGUUAGGGCCAUGUAUGAACAAUAUCUUCCUCAUCCAUGGCGCGAAUCGAUCCGCUCGUAUCUCUACCGCUACACAGAAAGGGUAGUAAGGUUUUUCUCUCCAUAUCUUAAUAUCACUUUUGCAGAAUUUACUGGGGAGAGGUUUAAUCGAAGUGAGGCUUACAUCACUAUUGAAACAUACCUUAGUGAGAAAACUUCCGAGAAAGCUAGGGGAUUAAAAGGUAAUUUUGUUAAGGGUGGUAAAGACUUGGUGCUUGGAAUAGCUGAUAAUGAAGAGGUAACUGAUGAGUAUAAUGGAAUUAAGGUUUGGUGGACAAGUCGUAAAAGUUAUGCCAAAGGACAAACCAUCAGUUUUUACCCUGGAACAGAUGAAAAAAGGCAUUAUCGGCUAACUUUCCAUAGUCGUCAUAGGAAGAUUGUCACUGAAUCCUACUUGAGUUACAUAUUAGAUGAGGGCAAAGCAAUUGCAAUUAGGAAAAGGCAAAGAAAGUUGUACACCAACGUAAAAGAUAACAAUGGCUCAUAUUUCAAUAGAUCUUCUUUAUGGAGUCAUGUUGAGUUCAAGCACCCUGCUACAUUCAACACUUUAGGGAUGGCAGAGAACAAGAAGAAAGCCAUUGUUGAUGACUUGUGUCGCUUCAGUAAAGCAAAGGACUACUACAUGAAAAUCGGAAAGCCUUGGAAGCGCGGUUAUCUCUUAUAUGGACCUCCUGGCACUGGUAAAUCAACCAUGAUUGUGGCCAUUGCUAACUUGUUAGAGUAUGAUAUUUAUGACCUUGAGCUAACCUCAGUUAAAGACAAUACUCAACUAAGGAGACUACUUAUUGAGAUCUCGAACAAGUCGAUUAUUGUGAUCGAAGAUAUCGAUUGUUCACUUGAUCUUACAGGACAAAGAUCAUCUAAGAAGGAGAAGGACAAAGAGAAAGAAGAAGACAAGAAAGACGAGGUGAAAAAGAAGUUGAAAGAAGAAGGGGAAAACAAGAAAAGUGAAGUUACUCUUUCAGGGUUAUUGAAUUUUAUUGAUGGAAUAUGGUCUGCUUGUGGAGAAGAAAGGUUGAUUAUAUUUACUACUAAUCAUAUUGAAAAGCUUGAUCCUGCACUUAUUCGAAGAGGACGAAUGGAUAUGCAUAUUGAGCUCUCACAUUGUUGUUAUGAAUCAUUCAAGUUACUUGCAAGAAAUUAUUUAGAUAUUGAAUCACAUCCUUUGUUUGAGAACAUAAAGAGAUUGUUAGAAGAGACUAAGAUGAACCCUGCUGAUGUUGCUGAGAAUUUGAUGCCAAAAUCGCUUGAGUUGGAUGUUGAUACAUGUUUAGAGAAUUUGGUUACUGCUCUUGAGAAGGCGAAAAUGGAUGAUCGAUUGAAGGCAGAGAAGGAAGAAAAGGAAAAGGAAAAGGAAAAGGAGAAGGAGAAGGAGAAGGAAAAGGAGAAGGAGAAGGAGAAGCAGAAAGAAAAUAUAAAGGUAGAGGAAGAAGCGAAAGAUGAAAAGGAGGUAUAUUCUAACGGAGAUGUUGAGAGCAAGCAAAAGAAAGAAGAGGAAACUAUCAACAAACCAUGAUUUUUCGAGUAAUAGAGGAUUAAAAUAGUUAAUAUGUAACUUCUUGUGGCUUAUUUUUAUUGUGUCGUGUUCAGAUUACAAAUAAGAGAGUCCUAAUAUUGAUUAGCAUCACUUUGCGUACGAACAAGUGAACAACCAUAUAUUACUAAAGUUUUUUGUGUUUCUUUUUUCCUUUCAUUUAUGUAAUUAAAUUGUAAUGUGUCUCAUUAACAUUUUGGUGAAAUACCAUCUCGUGUAAUUUACACUAUUAGUAGAAGAAAGCUGGAGAUCAUAAUAUAGAUAUGGUCAUUGUGUUUUGAAACA